CCCAGGGACCCCCGCCAGCCCCCUCCACGAUGAUCGCCCCAGCCAGCAGCAGCCCGCCGGGCGAGGCCCUCUUCCCCAGCGCGCCCCCUCAGGACAUCUGGAGGUCCCACGUCUCAGGCUGCGCGGGGUCCGUGACGCGACACAUCAGCCACCGGGCCAACAACUUCAAGCGACACCCCAAGCGGAGGAAGUGCAUCCGGCCCUCCCCGCCCCCGCCCCCCAACACCCCCUGCCCCCUCGAGCUGGUGGACUUUGGGGACCUGCGCCCCCGGCGGUCCUUCCGAGAGCUGCUUUUCAACGGCUGCAUCCUCUUUGGCAUCGAGUUCAGCUACGCCAUGGAGACGGCGUACGUGACCCCGGUCCUCCUCCAGAUGGGCCUGCCCGACCAGCUCUACAGCUUGGUGUGGUUCAUCAGCCCCAUCCUCGGAUUCCUACUGCAGCCGCUGCUGGGUGCUUGGAGUGACCGGUGUACCUCAAGGUUUGGAAGGAGACGCCCUUUCAUUCUUGUCCUGGCUAUAGGGGCGUUGCUGGGCCUCUCGCUGCUGCUGAACGGCCGGGACAUCGGCACCGCCCUGGCCGACACAGCUGGCAGCCACCAGUGGGGCCUCCUGCUGACUGUGUGCGGCGUGGUGCUGAUGGACUUCAGCGCCGACUCGGCCGAUAACCCCAGCCACGCCUACAUGAUGGACGUGUGCGGCCCCGCGGACCAGGACCGAGGCCUGAACGUCCACGCCCUCCUGGCGGGCCUCGGUGGCGGCUUUGGCUACGUGGUCGGCGGCAUCCACUGGGAUAGAACCGGCUUCGGGCGCGCCCUGGGUGGGCAGCUUCGUGUCAUUUACGUCUUCACUGCGGUCACCCUGAGUGUCACCACCGUCCUGACGCUGAUCAGCAUCCCCGAGCGGCCGCUGCAGCCGCCGGGCGAGAAGCGGGGCGCCAUGAAGAGCCCCAGCCUCCCGCUGCCACCCUCCCCACCCGUCCCGUCUGAGGACGGCGCCGGCGACGCGCCGCCCGGGCCCACAGCCACCGCCCUCUCCAGCCCCAUCUCCCCGCUGAGUCCCCUGACGCCCAAGUACGGCAGCUUCCUCAGCAGGGAGGGCUCCCUGACGGGCAUCAGCGAGUUCGCCUCGUCGUUCGGCACGGCCCACAUCGACAGUGUGCUCAUCGACUGCUUCACCGCGGGCCAGGACACCUACCUGGCCGUCCCCGGCAGCGUCCCCGGGCAGGCCAUCAGCGUCAGCUUUCCCCGGGCCCCCGACGGCUUCUACCACCAGGACCACGGGCUUCUGGAGAGGAGGGACGGCGCCCUGGCCUCCGCCUCCGACGGGGAGGUUCUGAGGGUGGGAUCCUUGGACACCUCCAAGCCCCAGUCGUCAGGGAUUCUCAAGAGACCCCAGUCCUUGGCCAUCCCAGAUGCAGCCGGAGGAGGGGGUCCCGAAACAAGCAGGAGGAGGAACGUGACCUUCAGUCAACAGGAGUCCCACAAGGCCUGCCCGGGCCCUCGGGGAGGCAGUCCUGGAGACCAGGGAGCUAGAGGCACCCCCAGGAGACCCAGGAGACACUUGGCACGGGGACUGUGUCUCCCUGGUGAAGCAGCCCUGGCCCUGCCCGACCUGGUUCGGGUUGGUGAGGCGCCCCCAGGAGCCCAGGUGUCCCCUCUUGGCACCUGGGAGGACUUCCCCCACUUAGUCAGAGGUUCGCGGGGACGAGUCCGAGGUGCUGCUCCCUUCUCGGACGUCUGUCAAGACUCCCUGUGGCUGCGUCAAGGAUGCCGCACGAGCUCCUGUCAGGAAAGGUCUGGGGAAGGGAAAGUCCCUGGAGCGUCAGGAAGGCCCACCACCAUCCAAGGAGAGAGACUUCUGAUGACUCGAGCCGAGGACGUGGCUGUCCUCCUUUCUGGUGUCAGGUUGACGCAUAAGUUCCUGGAAGAAAGUUCAAACCACGAGCUAAACCCAUCUGGGCUCGAGUGGAACGGCAUGAUGGUGCAGCCUCCCCCGGCAGGUGUGGGUGACAGGCCCAGCCGAGGGGGGACCCAGCAUGGGCCUGUGGGCUUUGCGCUCCCCCUCCCACCCAUAACAGCUGACGGCACCCCAAGCCCCCCGGGGGGCAGGACAGCAUCUCCUCGUCACCCUCAGGCACCUGCACUCGAAAACGCCUCACUCCCCCGGCUGGGAUCUCACCCAGACCCAGGCCAGGCGACCUCAGAGGGAAAGCCCUCCCCAGGGGGAGUUCCUAGGUGCCAUCGGGGAGCACGAGCGUCACAGAUGUCCCUGAGCCCCAGACUCAAGUCGAGCCCUCCCCACCUCCACUCUGUCGACAGGGAGGGGAGUGUCUUGCUGCCUGGGAGACAGCCUCAAGCCACCGCUCCCAUCGGGGUGGUUCCACCAGGUCCGUACGGUCCCCUUCGACGGCAAGCUUUUGCCCCCAGCUGUGCUCCGUCGGGGGGCCCCAGUUCCCACCGUCCCCCACGACGGCAAGCUCCUGCCCCAAGCGGCGCUCCUGUCGGGGCGGUUCUGGGUCCCACGGCCCUCGACGACAGCGAGCUCCUGCCCGAGCCUCACUCCCGUGUUGGUGGGCCCCAGCUCACCCCGUCCCCAUCCCCCAAAGGGUGCACCGGCCUGGGCCCCCGCGGUCAUGCCCGUUCUGUCCUUCCAGGGUGGCUCUCGUUCGAGGGGAUGCUGCUUUUCUACACGGACUUCAUGGGCGAGGUGGUCUUCCAGGGGGACCCCAAGGCCCCGCACUCGUCGGAGGAGUACCAGAGGUACAACAGCGGCGUCACCAUGGGCUGCUGGGGCAUGUGCAUAUACGCCUUCAGCGCCGCCUUCUACUCAGCCAUCCUGGAGAAGCUGGAAGAGGCCCUCGGCAUCCGCACCCUCUAUUUCAUCGCCUACCUGGCCUUCGGACUGGGCACGGGGCUGGCCACCCUCUCCAGGAACCUCUACGUGGUCCUGUCGCUCUGCGUCACCUAUGGGAUCCUGUUUUCCACGCUGUGCACUCUGCCCUACUCGCUGCUCUGUGACUACUACCAGAGCAAGAAGUUUGCAGGGUCCAGCGCAGACGGCACCCGGCGGGGCAUGGGUGUGGACAUCUCCCUGCUGAGCUGCCAAUACUUCUUGGCGCAGAUCCUGGUCUCCCUGGUCCUGGGACCCCUGACCUCGGCCGUGGGCAGCGCCAACGGGGUGAUGUACUUCUCCAGCCUGGUGGCCUUCCUGGGCUGCCUGUACUCCUCCCUGUUUGUCAUUUACGAACUUCCUCCCAGUGACAACACGGACGAGGAGCACCGGCCACUCCUGCUGAAUGUCUGACAGCCCGGAGCCCCGACUGGACUGGAGCCCGUCCUGGCAGGCCUGGAGCAGGCUGGCCAGGGGCAGACUGAGCGCCUUGCAGGACAGGGACGGGCUGUCUGCUGGAAUGUAAAUAUCUGACCCCACAAUAAACGACAGCAGCAAAGCC